UUGAGUUUAGCAUUUAAAGAAUGUGCAAAGCUAUUCUUUAACUAUGUUAGUAUCUUUCGGAAAAUUGAAAAGUGUUAUGAUCAGAUAGUUCAUCCGCAAAAACGAAUCCUUCUACGAAGUAUACUAGACGGAGUUAUUGGUCGGAUUCUUGAAAUUAAACAGGAGUUGGUAAAGAUUGAACUUAGCGAAUGUCAUAAUUUUGAUGAUAUAAUGUCUGAGUUCAAAGUGACUCCAUCAGAUUUUGAAAUACCAAUUCCAAAAUACUAUGUGAUUGAUAACGAGAGUACUAUAAGGGAUAGACAUUCUUUUAUUUCCAAUAUUCGAAAUCGAAUAGACGCCACAAACGCAAAAGAAGAAGAGCAUUUGCCCAUAUCUGAAGCAGUUCUGAUCAUUCAAAGGCAUGAACGUGCAAGACAAGGCCGCUUACGGGCCAAAAUACUUCAAGAAAACCGCAUGAAAUUAGAAGCAGAAGAUAACUUAGACUUGAAAGUUAGAAGUUCAUUAACUUCCGAGAAUGCUGCUAUGAUCAUACAAAAGCAUUGGCGAGGAUAUUUAGCUAGGCAAUACACGAAAAGACUGCGUCAGGAAGAAUUUAUCUGGCUCGGAAUGGAGCCCAAAGAUUUGCAUUACAAUUCUGUCGUGCAAAACACAACUAAAAAUGCUCAAACAAUUGAGAGGCAUCGACGUGUCCUUCAAUAUAUUUAUAAAAAUGAAUAUGAUCAAGCGUUGGUUAAAUUAAAGGAGCAAAUUCGGUUGACUGAGGGAGCUAAUAUGCAGGAUAGGAUGAAGGAACAAUUGCGGCAGUGGUUUCUUCAAUGCAGGGAGGCAAACGGCAUCUUUCCAAAUAUUCCCCCACAAGCUGAAGGUGGCUCCCAGUGGCUUUUUAAGCGCAAACCUCUCGAACUCACGGCCAAGGAGGAAGCAAAACGAAUGCCAAAAAAAAGUGUCAAAACAGAAAAAGCUACAGAGGCUAAAAAGAAAGAGAAGAAACCGGAGGGAUGGACUAUGUCGGAAUCACAAUUCAUCCAAAACCUUAACGAUGGACUCGCGGAGUAUAACGACAAAUGGAAAAAUAGAAACGAAUCUGACAAUUUUUUUCAAAGGCACAACGAAGAUAUCAUAAAAUUGGAGAAACAUUCUGAAAUCGAAAAUGAAAUCCGUGCCAAUGUCGACGAACUGAUGAGACAAGAGUUGCGAAACUUGAAAAUAGCCAUUGAUAAGGAGAAACAAAAGAGAAUAAACAAGAAGGCGAAGAUAGCGAAGACUAAGAGAAAGAAGGGUGCAAUGAAAGACCUAACUAAGGGCAGAAGCUUAGAAUCAAUUUGCGAGGAAUUGGUUAUUAUGGAUAUAAUUAAAAAACCGGAAAGUACAAAUCUAAGUAAAUAUUACGAUGUAUAUUCGUAUCAUGGUGAUGAAAAGACUGAAAUUCAACCCUCACUCUCUGACGUCAAACAACUCGUCACACUCUAUGGGAUUCUUCCAUUGGGUUCGCCGGAUGUCCAUGCUAAGGUGCCUCUUACACGGUCGAUUAUGUUAGCAGGACCAGAGGGAACAGGAAAGAAAAUGCUAGUGAAGGCAAUUUGCACUGAAACAGGAGCCAACCUCUUUGACCUUAGUCCUACCAACAUUGCGGGGAAGUACGAUGGGAAGCGAGCAAUUCGACUCCUUAUUAAUAUGGUAUUUAAGGUCGCACAUCUCCUACAGCCCUCUGUCAUUAUGAUUGAUCAAUGUGAACGCAUGUUUGGCACGAAAAUCCCAAAAUCUGAAAGGAUGAAUCUCCAACCACUGAAGAAAAAUAUAGUGAAAGCCAUGAAGACUGUAAAACAGGGCAGUAGAAUCCUGUUGGUGGGUAGCACGAAAGCACCCUUUGAUGCCAAAGUGAAGCCAUUUUGCAAAUUGUUCGAUCGAAUUAUACUAAUUCCACGUCCUGAUUACGGCACUCGUUAUCUUCUUUGGAAAACACUUAUUGUGAAAAACGGAGGAAAGCUGACAAGAGAUUUGGAUAUUUCUUCCCUUGCGAAGGUUUCUGAUGGUUAUACUGCAGGCAUGAUGGACAGAUCCUGUAAAGAAAUAUUAACAGAUCGUCGCUUAUCCCUCAUGGAAAAAAUACCUCUCAAAGGAUCUGAACUAAUCUCUCCCUUAGCUCGAAAUGAUCCAGUUUUUGUUGAUGAAGAAGGAGCAUAUAAGAAAUGGUAUUGCAAAACUCCGUUAGGAAAAAAGAAAGCAAAAAUGGUAAAAGAAGAAAAUGAAGCGAAGAGAAAGGAGGCAAAAUUGCUCAACAGGAAGAAAUGA